UCAGAGACUAACAGCAGCAGCAGCAACAUGAGCGGACGAGUCGGAGACUUGAGUCCCAAACAGGCUGAAAUAUUAACUGAGUUUCGGGGGCGGAUCCAGGACGUCCUCCCCGACCUGCCGGCUCAGCACGACCACUACCUCCUCCGCUGGCUCCGAGCUCGUAGCUUCAAUGUGCAGAAAGCUGAAGCCAUGAUCAGAAAGCAUGUGGAGUUCAGGAGGAAGAUGAAGGUAGACUCCAUCAUCUCUGACUGGAAACCUCCAGAGGUGAUAGAGAAGUUUGUGUCUGGAGGGAUGUGCGGCUACGAUAAGGAGGGGAGUCCCAUCUGGUACGAUGUGAUCGGCCCUCUGGACCCUAAAGGUCUGCUGCUGUCAGCCACCAAACAGGACUUCAUGAAGACCAAGAUCAGACACACGGAGCUGCUGCAGAGGGAGUGUAGGAGGCAGGCGGAGAAGUUGGGGCAGAACAUUGAAUCGAUCUCUCUGAUCUACGACUGUGAAGGACUCGGACUCAAACACAUCUGGAAACCUGCGAUAGAAGCUUACGGAGAGAUCCUCACCAUGUUUGAAGAGAACUAUCCAGAGGGCAUGAAGAGAGUUUUUCUUAUUAAAGCUCCCAAAAUGUUCCCAAUGGCCUACAACCUCAUCAAACACUUCCUGUGUGAGGAGACACGACGUAAGAUCAUCGUUUUAGGAAGUAACUGGCAGGAAGUGUUGCUGCAGCACAUCGACUCGGAGCAGCUUCCUGUGGUGUACGGAGGAACUCUGAGGGAUCCUGAUGGAGACCCUCGCUGCAGGACCAUGAUAAAGUACGGUGGGACGGUGCCCAGGUCGUACUACAUUCAGAACUCUGUGAAGGUUGAGUACGACGGCAGCGUGACCAUCAGCCGCGGCUCCGUCUACCAGCUGGAGUACGAGGUGAAAGCAGCUAGCAGCCUGCUGAGGUGGCAGUUUGCGAGUGACGGAGCAGAUAUCGGGUUCGGAGUGUACAGACGGAUCAAAGAGGGCAGCGGUCAGAAAGUAGCCGACAUGCUGCAGGUUCUGGCCUCCGAACGCUACAACGCUCACCUGGUGCCUGAAGACAGCGGCCUCACCUGCCCCGAGCCCGGAGUCUACGUGCUGUGUUUUGAUAACAGCUACAGCAUCCUGCAGUCCAAGAGGGUGAGCUACAAGGUGGAGGUUCUUCCUCCUCCGGACGGACAGAUGCAGAGUCCACGCAGCCGAGGAGACUGAUGGAGACGCUGACAGCAGAAUCAGCAGCAUUAUUAUAUAUAUAUAUAUAUUAUAUAUAUAUCAUUACUCUCAUUCAUCUGCUGCUGUUUGAAUCUGACUGAAAGACUGAAAAGUGAAGUUAGUUUUAAGAAACUAAUAAUAAAGACAAGGUUAUCUUCUGGGUUUUUGAUAUUUCAGAAUCACAAUGAAGAUCAUAAAUGUUUUUUAGAAGAACUUCUUUCACCAUCAUUUCAAACCAGAAUCU